CUGACCGGAACCUGUGUGCUCCGGUUUCAGUUCCGCAUCGCACGAUUAAACAAGCUGCACUUCCGGCGCUUGUUUACGGUGCGCAGCUAAAACAGUCCGCCGUGCGUAAGGCGCCUAAAACUGUAGUAGAAAUGUAAAUACACGGUGGAGCAAGUAGAUACAAAUAGAGAGUACCUCAGAAUUUAUUCAAAUAGUUUCUGCGCUGUAUUAUGUUAAAAAAGAUGACUGAAUUUGGUCCAGAUUCCGGGGGGCGCGUUAAGGGUGUGACUAUAGUGAAACCUAUUGUGUUUGGGAAUGUUGCUCGUUACUUUGGGAAAAAGAGAGAGGAAGAUGGUCAUACUCAUCAGUGGUCUGUUUAUGUGAAGCCGUACAGAAAUGAGGAUAUGUCUGCCUAUGUGAAGAAGAUCCAGUUCAAGUUGCAUGAGAGCUAUGUGAACCCACUGAGAGUGGUAACAAAACCUCCGUAUGAAAUUACAGAGACGGGCUGGGGAGAGUUUGAGAUCAUUGUCAAGAUCUUUUUCAUUGAUCCUAAUGAGAGGCCUGUGACUUUGUACCAUCUCUUGAAGCUUUUCCAGUCAGAUUCCAGUGCUAUGCCCAAGAAAACCGUCGUCUCUGAGUUUUAUGAUGAAAUGAUAUUUCAAGAUCCUACAGCUAUGAUGCAGCAGCUACUAACCACAUCAAGACAACUCACUCUUGGAGCGUACAAGCAUGAGACAGAGUUCAGUGAGCUGGAGCAGAGGACAAAGGAAAAACUGGAAGCAGCAAAGAAGAGAACGAGCCAGGAGAUUACCGAGCUGAAAGACAAACUUAAAGCGAGUAGAGAAAACAUCAACUACCUGAAGUUAGAAAUCCGGAAGCUGGAGGAGGAUGGGGACCACAAAGAACACUGAAAGAUGCACGGACUUAUUCUUAAGUGCCUCAGUCCUCAUUGCUGAGUCUGAAAUGAUGUUUUGCUUCGAACCAUUUUGUAAUUACCAACUUUUUACAUUUAAAUUUUCUCUUCUCCAUUGCAGGUGAAAGUUUUCUACGGUCAGUCAACAUACUGCAAAAAUCCUAAUGUAUUUUAAUUCCAGUACUGUCAACGUAAAAAUGUAGAUUUGCUUGUAGUUGAAUCAAGUAUUCUGUAGUUUUCCUCCUUUUUUUCUCUUAAUAUUACUACAUUGGUAUGUUGUGUGGCAGAAAGAUUAAAACUUGAGCAAACAAGUUUACGGUAUUUCAACUAAACUGGAAAGUUGUAAAACAGUGUCC